AAAUUGUUCAGCUGAUUACUUUUAACCUCCUGCUACUGCAUUGAUUCAGGAUUUCCUUCCCGUCUUGUUGCAUCGUCGCAGAUUCUUCUAACAUGCUUCUAAGGUACACCUCACUGCAACGGCUGCAACUAAAACAGAAUGAUUUCCUGGUAAAAGACACAUUUGAUUAUUGCUGUAAUAUUGGGAUCUUAUAACCGAUGCGUUCCAUCCAUCCCGGCACAGAACGCUGUUUCUUUCCUUCUUCUACGCACAGAGUCUCUAUCCCUGCCUCUUGGCGCAAGACUGGAAGUCCAUCCUGCACCAGCGCCGACCUAAAAAAAAUUACUCUCACUACUGCACUUGGAACCCACUCCGCUUCCCCCUGGAUCCUCGAGACUGGCCAGAUCAGCACUAAACUCCAUGAACAAUAAGUCUCUUUUUAUAUGUGACUUUAUUUCAGAUAAAACACUGGACAUUCUGUGCUUAACCGAAACCUGGCACAGACAAAACGAUGGUCUCCUGCUUAACCAACUAGCCCCUUCUGGGUAUGGGUUGUUUGACCUUCCGCGUCUCUCAGGCAGAGGUUUGGUGUUACAUAGCAGGAAUCCAGUGUUUUCACCAGUGCCUUAAAGCCAUCUCUCUCAGUGGUUUGGAUGGGUACCAUGUCCUUACACAGGUACACAGUUAUGGUUACCCAGUAUGGAGCGAGCCGGCAGCAUCCAGCUAGAGAUCCCUGACUUCAGUAACUCGGUCCUGUCCCACCUGAAUCAGCUGCGCAUGCAAGGCCGCCUGUGUGACAUCAUUGUCAACGUGCAGGGACAGAGCUUCCGUGCUCACAAGGUAGUCCUGGCUGCCAGCUCGCCCUACUUCCGUGAUCACAUGUCCCUGAGCGAGAUGAGCACAGUCUCCUUGUCCGUCAUCCGUAACCCCACUGUCUUUGAGCAGCUGCUCUCCUUCUGCUACACCGGCCGACUGUGCCUGCAGCUGGCCGAUAUCAUCAGCUACCUGACAGCGGCCAGCUUCCUGCAGAUGCAGCACAUCAUCGACAAGUGCACCCAGAUCCUGGAGAGCAUCCACUUCAAGAUCAGCGUGGCUGACGUGGAGGCCGAGCUGAGCCAGGGAGCGCGGGGUAAGCACCAGGACCGGUCGCUGGAGUCCAGCCGGGGUGGUGCACCCCGCUCUCUCAGCCCACGUCAUGGGAGCCCCCGGGGCAGCCGUCGUAGUGGGGGAGGGGUAAUUGAUGUGAGCCCCCAGAUCAUUGAGCAUGGUGCUUCAGAGGGACUGGGCAAGGAGCCCAUCCUGCGCAUCAACCGGGCCGGCCAGUGGUAUGUGGAGACUGGGCUAGAGGCGGGGCGGGGGGGCGCGCUGGAUGAGGAUGUGCGGGUGGUGGACGGACUGCGGAUCAAGACAGAGCGGCUGGAGGAGUGGAUGGCAGCUGAGACACAGGCCUCCGGGGAGGAGGGAAGCAGUGCUGAGGAAGUGACGGCCAUGAUGAUCGACACCACUGGCCACAGCUCACUCCCCCAGGAGGGCUUCAGCAUGGGGGCUUCAGGAGCCAAGGGCUCCCAGCCCUCCAGCAGCUUCAGCGAAACAGACAGGUUCAGCCCCACUGGCAGUGUGGUGGUGGUGGCGGAGCGGCAGAGAGCCAAGAGCGAGUCUCCAUGGAGGGUGGAUGAUCAGAGACAGCCCACUUCACAGGGCGAGGAGCAGACAGUGUUCGACGUGGGUGGCUAUGAGGAGUACUUGCGCGAGCAGGUAGGCGACCGCUGGUUCCGCUACAAUCCGCGGCUCACCUGCAUUUACUGCUGCAAGUCCUUCAACCAGAAGGGCAGCCUGGACCGGCACAUGCGACUGCACAUGGGCAUCACCCCCUUCGUGUGCCGCAUCUGCGGCAAGAAGUACACACGCAAGGACCAGCUGGAGUACCAUAUCCGCAAGCACACGGGCAACAAGCCCUUCCACUGCCACGUCUGUGGCAAGAGCUUCCCUUUCCAGGCCAUCCUCAACCAGCACUUCCGCAAGAACCACCCUGGCUGCGCCCCCCAGGAGGUCUCACACAGCGCCUCCCCCGAGACCACCGUGCCCUCGCGCGGCCAGAACGAGGACGAGUCUCCCUCGCAGGAGGAAGGGGGCGCAGCCGCCUUCAGCGAGGCGGUGCAGCCUUCGGUGUCCACCACCGGGCCCGACUGAUCGCUCCGAUCUCUGGCCAGGGGGGCGGGGCAGGGAGAGCUGGGGGAGGAGGCGAGUGAGGCUCUGCUCUCCCAGGUGCAAUCCUUGAGCUGUGUUUACAGAAGAGGGGGCCCAGCGCCCUACUCGUAUGUGUGAUGGAUUGGACUGUAUUUUUAUGGCCAGGAGGCCGAAGGCUUUUCUCAGCACACGUAAUGGCAGGAUUCUAGUAAGUUAUUGCCAAAUUUGGUUUUAAGAUUUUUCUCCCAUCUGCCCUCACAAAAUAAAGAUGCACAAGGAAAAAGA